AGCAGGUGGGAGCCAGGCGGUGGUGCUGGAGCACAGGAGCAAUGGGCAGCCGGGCCGCAUCGGGGCUGCUGGCGGGGACGGUCAUGCUCCUGCUGCUACUUCUGCAGGGCACGCAGUCAGUCUACAUCCAGUACCAAGGCUACCAGGUGAAGCUGGAGUCCGUGAAGAAGCUGAGUGACCUGGAGGGCAGGUCAGGAAGCCCCCGCCUGCAGGCCAAGAGUCUGCAGCCCUUGCCAUGCUACCACCCUGCCCUGCCCCUGGACCUGCAGCCCAUCUGCGCCUCCCGGGAAGCUGCCAGCAUCUUCCGGUCCUUGAGGGCCAUCGCGGGCGACGACUGUGAGCUGUGUGUGAACGUGGCCUGCACUGGCUGUCGCUGACAUGGCGGAGCCCAGCCCGGACACCUGGCCCCCCAGCCCGCCAGCCCGGACACCUGGCCCCCCAGCCCGCUGCCUUCGUAGUCCCCGACCCCGUCCUUGCUCAGGCAGGGGGCCUGGCCACCACUGCCGCCCCUACCCGCCCAGGGCCCAGGCCCAAGCAGCCGAAUCUGCUGCGAAGCAGUUGGACAUAGGGGCCUGAGGCAGCCCCGCUCCUAAUAAAGAGCUGUGCCCAGACA